AUGGGUCGUCACAGUCUUGAAUACCCCAAAGAGGCCCUCAACAAGGUCAAGCGCGUCUAUGCUCUCGAACAAAUCCACUCCCUCGUCAACUCCUCACCCCUCGUGCACGUUUCCCUUUCCCCCUCCUCCUCCUCGUCACCCUUUCCCGUCACCCUCCCCAUGAUUGGCCAAAUGGGCUCCUUUUCGCGACCCUCUGCCUCUCUCGGCGACCCCCUCGACCUCUACCUCCACGGCCACAUCUCCUCCCGCCUCUUCACCAGCCCCUCCUCCACCACCAGCACCACCAACAGUAUUCCCGUCUGCGUCUCCGCCACGCACCUCGACGGCCUCGUCCUCUCCCUCUCCGCCUUCAACUCGAGCUACAACUACCGCUCCGUCGUGCUCUUUGGCCACGCCGCCCCCGUCACCGACGAGCUCGAAAAGGUAUACGCCCUCAAGCUGCUCACCGACAGCGUCGUGCCGGGACGCUGGGACGCCGCGCGCCUGCCCCCGACAAGGGCGGAGCUGCAGAGCACCGCCGUGCUGAGGGUCAAGAUUGCGUCGGGGAGCUUCAAGGCGAGGGACGGGGAAACGGGCGACGACAGGCACGACAUGGAGAAUGAGGAGGUGAGGCGGCGGGUCUGGACGGGCGUGGUGCCGGUGCACCAGGUAUUUGGGAGCCCGGUCGCGUCGUCGUAUAAUAGGGUCGAGGAGACGCCGGCGUAUAUUGCAGAGUAUGCGCAGGAGCAGACGAGGGAGAAUGCCGAGUAUGCAGUCAAUGCCAUCAAAGCGCAGAAAAAGUAA